CCGCCGUCGUGCCAGGUGACUCGGUGACCGCCGUCGAGCUUGAUGACUCGGUGCCCGCCGUCCUGCCAGAUGACUCGGUGCCCGCCGUCCUGCCAGAUGACUCGGUGCCCGCUGUCGAGCUUGGUGAGCCGGUGCCCGCUGUCGAACCAGAUGACUCGGUGCCCGCGGUCCUUCCAGAUGACUCGGUGCCCGCUGUCGAGCUUGGUGACCCGGUGCCCGCUGUCGUGCCAGAUGACUCGGUGCCCGCUGUCGUGCCAGAUGACUCGGUGCCCGCUGUCGUGCCAGGUGACCCGGUGCCCGCUGUCGAGC